UCGAAACCCAAUAAAACAUUUGAUUGUGCUCUUAACCAUAAUAUUUGCUACCCUAACAUCCUUGACAUGUCGUAUUUGUGGAACAGUGGUAAGAUUUGUCUCAGUCAGGAGGUCACAGAAUUGCCUCCCAUUUGCAUGUUCCCCCUGUGCUUGUGUGGUUUUCUCCCACAARCCAAAAACAUGCACGUUAGGUAAUCGGUAACUAAAUUGUCACUAGGUGUGUAUGAGAGUGUGGCUGGUUUGUCUCUGUGUGGCCCUGUGGACUUGGGACCUGUCCAGGGAGUACCCUACUUCUCAGACAGUGACUGCUGGGCACCGGUUCCCUGCGACCUAGAAAGGAGAUGCAGGUUAAGAAAAAUGAGUGGCUAGCUGUAUGUCCCAUUUGUAUUUUGAAUGUUAAUAUUUGCUAUGCAAAAUGGCAUUACUCAGUAGCAGUUUGGUUAAUCUCAUGGGCUUGCAGCAUGAACAUAAUGGGGUCUAAAAUGAACAGUUUAAGUAAAGCAUUAGGUCAAAAAGAAGAAUAUGUACACCUUAGCUAAAGAGAUCAUCCUUUUCCAUGUUAAGGAUUAUGUUUUUAUCUGAGAUUAUAAAUGAUGAUACUAAGAAGAGAGCACUAGCUUGGGAUUUAGUAGCAGUAGGUUAAUGCUCAUGACACAGAACUCUAUUUAAAACCACUCUGCCAUAUUGUAUGUAUAUCCAGUAAGCAUUUGGAGUAGCAUCAGUUCAAAUCAUUUCUAUUUCAGAAACAGCAGUUCAUUUGAAGGGUCUAAUGGAGAUGCAUCAAUUCAUAUAGUGUUUUUAUUUUAUUUUAAUUUUUGCAAGUUUAAGUUAUUGUUCAGAUUUCUACAUUUUGAAUUGCUCUUUAUAAUUUUUUUUUACGAUGGCAUCUGCUGAAGGGGAUAUGAUAUCAGAAGCUGCUGAUGUACAGGAACCUGAGAUGGAUAAUCCUCAAAAUGUCAAGCCUGAAUUAGUUGUGGUCCAGAGUACUCCAGAUGGAGACAGAAUGGAUCUGUUGGCACCAGUCCACCAGUUACAAGUUCCUUCUCAGGUUACCUACUCCAAUUCAUUCCUGGAAGAACCACCUGAGGAACAACAAAAGUUAAUCAAUAUGGAUUCCCAUGGGCAUACACAAGAAGAGCAAUGUGCGGUGGAUCCCAGCAGAAGUCUUCCCUGCUCACCUGAAGACGCAAACAAUCCGACUGUGAAUUCAUUAAACAUAGAUCCUGAAACGUUCUUCAACUUUCUGGCCCUCACACAAAGCCGAAGGCUCGAUGACCAGCGACUAUUUCUGCCAUCAUUACCAGGAUUACAGGAUGAAAACAGCACAUCUAAUGGGGACUCAAGCUACCUGUGUUAUUUGGUCUCUAAAGUCCAGGGCUCCAGAAUGGAUGACCAAAGAUGUUUCCUACCUCAAAUUCAAACUUCYGAGUGUUCACCAAAAAUGAAAAAAUCAGCCUCUUUCAGUGGAAGCUCAGAUUUAGAGCAACUAAGGAACAAAAAUACAGCAUCUAAGCAGGCUUUCACAUCAGCUGAAGUUGAAGAACUUUUAACUUUAAUGAGUCAUUUUCAACGAGGUCGAAUGGAUGAACAGCGAUGUGUGUUAAAUCCCCAAGAUGUACCCAAAGACCAGCUCGACCUGAGCGCUUUUCCCCAAGAUGCUGAAAAGCUCUUCACCUUGCUGGCAAACUUUCAGGGUCGCCGGCUUGACGACCAGCGAAUGUUUCUUCCCACAUUACCAGGAAUACAGAAUGGAGGAACGACAACACCAUUAUCUCCUGCUGAGAGGGAUGCACGCUAUUUAUGUUACUUGGUUUCAAGACUCCAGGGCUCAAGAAUGGAUGAACAGAGGUGCAAUGCACCAGAAGUCCUCAAAAAUCUUUGUACCCCCUCUGCUCAGCGCAAAGACCCUAUGCCCGAUCAACCUCAUCAGGAUCUGGCCUUUUUAAAAACUGAUAGACACUGGCAGGACUUAUCCAUAGACGAGCAGGAACGGUUCUUUGAGACGAUAAGACAUGCACAAAGUAGACGUAUGGAAGAGCAACGGUGCUUUUUACAACCCAGUACACCUGCCACACUAAUACAUAAUGGAGGAGCUUUAAAUUUGGCCCCCAUUGCUUCUCCUUCUCAGCCAGAGCUAUCACCACCACUUAUCAUGGUGGACGAAGGAACACCUGCCACAUCGAGGAAGGACUGUUGCAGCCGUACUACUUGUACAGAUUCUGGUCCUACCUCGACCCUACCCAAAUCUGCCUCGUUUACUCCUGAGACUGAAUUUCAAAAGAAUCAAGACUCAACAGCACAGAUGACACUGAAAGUGUCAGUGAGCAUAACACCACAACYGGGACAGAAGAAUGACAUUCAGAUUCCAGAAGUCUUUUUAACUCUUGGUGCUCCAGGAGACAAUGUUGUGAUUCCCCUGAGUCCUGUAGUUGGUAGACCCCUAUCUUUAGACUUAAACCUUGUCCCUAAAAAAGAUGCUCAGUCCAAGCAUUGCCCUCCAGGCCAUACAAGUCCCAGGAAAGCUCAUUCACGUCCUUCAUCUCCCUACUGUAGUAAAGCACAUCCUGAAACUUGCCUGGAUGAGAAAGGGAAGCCUUUGACYACCUCUGUCAGUCCUGAUGAAGACUGCUCCUCCUCCUCAAAUGAAAAGAUACACCAUUCAGCUCAGAUGCCAAAAGGAAACGCUCAAGGAGAAAAAUGCAAAGGGGCUUCUGGAAAAGCAAAGGAAAAAUCAGAGCAAGGAAAAGGAAAGUGGGCUGGGAAGAAAGAUAAAAAGCAUUGUUUCAUAUAAUUAUUUAUGUUUUAUAUCAUGGAGUUGACUAGAAAAUAAAUAUGAAAUGUUGGUAUUACCUUGGAAAAAACUUGACAUUGAAAAAUGUUUGUCGUUGUUUUCAAGCAUCUACAAAAAUAAGAUCCUACUGAAUUUAGAUUCUAGUUUUAUGAAAGACAUUGGUGAUUAAAAGUUUUGUACACAGUGUGAAUUGUAACUUGUCUUCUGAGCUCUGGUGUCGGCAAGAGCUUACUACAAUUUUUUUUCAAGAUGUAAUGCAUUGUUUGCAGAUAAAAAUAAAACUGUUUACUCUGCUACCAAAUGAUUGACAUUUUAGGAAUUUGAAAAUAAGCUGCAUGCCAAAUAAACUGCUAAAAUGUUUUUAAAAAGCAGUCUAUGGUUUUAACAUUCAAACCAAAUAAACAGUGAACCUAAUCCCAUUUUGCUGCUGUAGUUAAAUUAAACUGGCUGCAGCAAAUGACAAAAGAUCUGACAUAUGGGCUCUUGUAUAUGGCUAGCUAUGUUAUUUUUACACUGGGCAAAUGUACAAGUAAAUGUUCUAGGGUUUAUAUUGUUUGAGCUCUACUGGAACUGUUGCCUCACAGCAGGGGAUCUGGUACUUUUAGACAUGUAGGCCUUUAUGUGUGAAGUUUGCAUAUUCUCCAAACACUUGAAUGUUAAAAGGAUAGAUUCCCUAGGAGUUAGUGUGAGUAUAACGUGUUGUUAUUUCAUGUUCUUCUGUGUUAGCCCUUUUAGAACUGGUGACAUGUACAGUGUACCCUUGCCUUUUACCUGAUAACAGUUGGCAGUCCACCUGAUACCCUGAACAGCACAGAGUGGAUGGAUAGAUUAAUGCUUUCUCAUUAACAGUGCAUGUCUAUAAAAUACAUGUUUCAUUAAUAAAUUAAUCUUUCUUAAUCCUCUUCAGUGAGGUAAUAAAAGACGGUUGAAUAUA